AUGAAAUUGGGCACUAGGUGGUCAAUAAUACUCUUUCUCACUGUGAUCCAGUACAUUGGAUUCCUUUUGUUCGCCAAGGGAUUCUUUCCUCAGAAAGUGUUGUUGCCAGGUAUAAAUUCUCUAGAUUCAAUUAAUGAUGAUUCCAAGUCGCCUAUUUUCAGUGAUAUAUUGUCUAAGAGUAACCAUAAAAAUCCCAAUAAUGAGAAAUUUGACAAGUUAAUAUUUAUUGUUAUUGACGCUCUCAGAUCGGACUUCAUGUUUUCUUCUAACUCUUCAAUGUUCCAUUUGCAUGAUCUUUUGAAUAACAAUGCUGCUAUUGGAUUCACGGGGUUUUCCAACCCGCCAACUGUUACAUUACCAAGAUUGAAAGGUAUAACUACUGGAUCUACUUCCAGUUUCCUAGAUGCUAUCUUAAAUAUUAAUGAGGAUGACACUUCUAGCUCUUCGAAUUUGGUCAACCAAGACUCUUGGUUGAAACAGUUCAAGAUCAGUAAAAGAAAGGAUUCAGAGGAGUCCGGAAUUCAUUUUUUUGGCGAUGAUACUUGGCUCAAGCUUUUUCCUGGAUUCUUUGAUAAGCACGAUGGCACUUCCAGUUUCUUUGUUUCAGAUUUCACAGAAGUUGAUAAUAAUGUGACUAGACACAUUAAUGCAGAAUUGGCUAACGAUCAAGAAUGGGAUGGGUUGAUUUUACAUUACUUAGGUCUUGAUCAUAUAGGUCACAAAAACGGUCCAAACUCAGUAUUCAUGCCAGCAAAACAACGUGAAUUAGAUGACAUUAUUUACAAAAUCUACAGUCAAUACGCAGUUCCAAAAUACGAAAAGCCAGAUAGUGAAAGAGUGUUGAUGGUCGUUCUUGGUGAUCAUGGAAUGAAUGAAAUUGGCAAUCAUGGUGGCUCCUCUAUCAGUGAAACUUCUGCUGCUUUGGCGUUUAUUUCUCCGAUAUUUGAGAAAGAAAAUUCCAAUUACCUUGACUUAUCAAAUAAGGAUUCAUUACCAAUUCCUCCAACAGAUGAUUAUCAGUUCCUUGAUUCUGUGAAUCAAAUCGAUUUAAUUCCAACAUUAUGCAACUUCUUUCAAUUACCAAUUCCAAAGAACAAUUUGGGUGUGAUUCUUAAAAAAUUCUUACUCAAAACCAAUUCCAGUGGUCAAUUGAAUUUUGUUGAUAUUUUCUACAAGCUUUUGGAAAAUUCGUACCAAUUUAAGAACUUGAUUCAAGUAAAAUUUGGCAAAGAGUUGACUACUAAAUUUGAUCCUACAAGAAAAUUUAACGAUGAUUCGGAAUUUGAGUUGUUGGAUUUUCUUUGGCAUGAUUCCGUUUUAAAGGCUGAACAACUAUACUCAGAGAAUGAAGGUUUCGCUGAUUGUGAUUCCAGUGAAUUAUUGAAGGUAGUUGAAAAUUUUUACAAAUUCCUCUACGAAACCCAGGAAUUUCUCCAAAACUCAUCUACAAACUAUGAUGUUCCACUUCUUAUGAAAUCUAUUACCAUCAUUGCAACUGUAACGAUCAUCUUGCUCGUUUUAUUCUUUAAGGGAAUUUCAUGCAGUACCAGUAGUUUCUUUGUUAUUUUUACCCUCACUAUGGGUAUAUCUACUUUUGGAUCCUCAAUGAUUGAAGAAGAACAUCAAACUUGGUGGUUAUUCAAUCUCAUCCAUCUUAUUUACUUAUCAAUUGGCCUUGUUAAAUCCUACUCUUUUAGUGUGAAGAGAUCUCUUAGCCAUUUGUUUGCUAAUUUGGUAUUUUUUAGAAUGAUUCGCUUUUGGAAUCCCUCAGGCCAGAAAUUCAAUUUCUUGCCUGAAUUCGUCGAGCUUAAAUUAUCUCAUUAUCUUUCUACCUCUUAUAAGGUAUGGGCUUUGUGGAUUCUUUUUGUGGUAGUUUUUGCUCAUUCUCAAAUCAUCUCUAAUGGUGGCAUUCGGUUAUUGACUUCCUCGGUGUCAUUUGUGAUACCGUUCACCUUAUCUCUUGUUGUACUCACUUUCAAGGUGAAUUUUGAUUAUGUGAACACUGGGGGUAAACAUUUUAAUCAAUUUUUCAAGGUUAUGGUAGAUAAAACUUCUAGUUUCUUUGUUAAUCCAAGUCUUAGCAAUGAGCAGAAUGAUAACAAGGAAAUGUUGAUCAUUUUAGCACAGGUAUCGUUCAUUCUUAUUCUUAGUGUAUUAGCUAUUAGGGUUUUAUUGUUGAAAUGUUCAUUUUUGUGGAUAGACAGGGUUAUUGAAAAAAGAGAGGAGUACUAUGAGAAGAAGAAUGAGGUUAGUGAUGAAGCAAUCAUUAAAACCCAGUUGAUCAGCAAUAAAGGCAAGAAGAAAAAUAAGCAAAUGACGAACCAGUUGAGGAAGGUUUCCAAUGUUAAAAGAACUAUUAUUGAUGGGAAGUUUCGCUUUUUGUCAGAUGUCGUGAAUACAAUCAAUAUAUUAUUGAUAAUGCAAAGCAAACUAGAAAAUGUGGGGUUGUAUUUAGUGUUCUUUGUCAUCAGAGAACUUGGAUUAAAAUUGAUUAACAGUGUUAUCAGCAGAGAAUUGGAGGAAGCUGCAAAGGAAAAUAAGCCUACAGAUUUGGAAGAAACUGAACAAGCAAAAUUAGCUGAAGAGAUUAGAAUAAAAUCAAUUUUGAUAAACAAAGAGAAAUUUCAUCUCAAACUCGCAUUCUAUGUCACUAUCCAAACAAUUUUGCUUCAAAAUUUGAGUUUUUUCCAAUUUUCAUUCACUAAUUCUUUGUCAACUGUUGAUCUUGCCAAUGCGUACAAUGGGACUAGAAGCUACAACCUUGUUUUAGUUGGUCUACUCACUUUUGUUUCCAAUUUCUCUUCGGCAAUAUACUGGUCCUUUAAUUCUUUGGUAUGGUUGUUUGAGAAUAAUUUGAUAAACUCGGAUAGAACCAAAAUGACAAGUAGUAUCUUGUUUGAUAAAACUUCUCCUUCUAUUAAAUGGGAGAUGUUUUAUGUCAGAUACUUGACUCAGUUGCUAUUUUAUUCUUUCUUCGGAUUGUUUUUGUGUGUUUCCUGCUUCAAUUUGAGGUAUCAUUUAUUCAUAUGGACCGUAUUUUCGCCAAAGUUAUUAUUCUUUGGAGUUUGGAAUUUCUUAAUCAAUGGACUUGCAGAGGUAUUUAUUGCCUUUAUCCUUUACUUACUAUGA